AUGGAUAGGGAAUCAAAAUCAGAACAAGAGACGAGGAGUGACCAAUGUACAGAAGCGAAACCGAGAAAACCUAUCGAAAGAGAAGGAAGAAAACAGAAAGCCCUGCUAACACCAGAAAAGGCAAUAGAAAUUUAUUCUUUGAGGGGAUUUCAAUCGGACAGCAAAACUGCUGAAAGUUGUUCGAUAGCCAAACGUUUUGGAAUAAGUGCAAAGGCCGUUCGGGAUAUCUGGGACAGAAAGUCGUGGGCGCAUGCGACCAUGUACAUGUGGACUGCAGAUGAGAGGCGGGAGUACGAUCAAGUGGAGAGAAGAGGUCCAGGGAGACCAGUCGGCUCAAAGGACAAGGUCCCAAGGAGACGAAAGCAGGAUGGUACAGACACAGCUGUAGCUCUCGAGGUCGAUGCUCCUGGUUCCCACUUUAGCUUCCGAUUAUUCCGUGUGGCUGACUUCGUAUUUGUUUUGCUGCAGAUGCUACGAAUGAUGUUGGAGUCCUUGUUUCGGAACCCUCAUGUCAACCAGAUCACUCAGCGCUGGAGUGCUGGGGAGCUGAUGAGUUUAAAGUAA